GUGACGACAGCAGCAUCACCUCGUGCAGCAGAAAAAAAUAGCUCGCUCUCAUAUUCUACGAAUUCACUCUGCAAUCGGUUCUGACCCAUGAGAGCUGGUGCAGCAGUCACUUCUGAAACGGCUACCCCUACAUCCAGCGCAUGGAAUCAUCUAGAACAGCCAACAACGUCUUGCCUUACAAGGUCAUUCGGCUCGACAAUGGUCUCACAGCUGUCCUCGUCUCGGAGAUUAGCCCGCUCCCGACGAGUUUACCAUCGCUGCCCUCCUGCUCGUCCCCAGGGACGUCAAAUCGUGAACUAUCGGCUCCAGAAUCGAAGACCAGCCUUCAAAUCGACAAUCUCCCCCUUACGCGAGAGCUACUUACAGGAGCUCACGGAAGCGCCAGAAGCAGAGAGCACAUCGACGUCGGCUACGAUCAGCAUGGAAGACCGGAGCUUGAUCGCCGACAAAGCCUUAAGUCUGACGUGCCCGCAGCAGCUGCUCUCUGUGUCGGCGUGGGUAGCUUCCACGAGCCCGAGAACCUGCAAGGCCUAGCACAUCUUUUGGAGCACGCUGUGGUCCUGGGAAAUAAGAAGUAUCCCAACGAAGACGACUGCUACUCGUACCUUAGUCUGCACGGCGGAAGCGCGAAUGCUCACACUUUCCGUGAAACUACAGUCUUCAGCAUGGACGUGCAGCAGGAGAACUUGGCUCAAGCAUUGGACAUGUUCGCUAACAUAUUCAUUGAACCACUUCUGAGAGUGGAGAGCAUGGAUCGUGAGUUGGAAGGUCUUCAGAACGAGUACCUCUUAGAGCUGUCUUCGGACAGUUGUCGUAUGCAGCAGCUCUUAGGAAAUCUUUCCUGCGAAGGGCAUCCCAUGAGGAAAUUCGUGUGUGGCAAUUUGGAUACUCUCAAGAAAGGACCUGCUAAGGCGAACAUUGAUGUCAAUGCCGCAAUGAGGACUUUCUUCGAGGAGCACUACUGCCCUGAGAAAAUGACGUUGGCUGUGCGAUCAAGACAUCCCUUGGAAGAGCUUGAAGAAAUCGUAACGAAGUCCUUCUCGGCCAUCCCGGCUCGGUGCGCAAAGCAGGUCGAACUGAACUGUAAAAAUCUCAGCAUGGAUGCUCAAUUUCCACGAGAGCGUUUCUCGUACAUCCUUUACAAGAUGCAGCCGGUAAGAAAAGCGUGUAAGCUUUCAGUCACAUGGGCACUGCCAUCCAUGAUACAAGAGUACAAGACGAAGCCAAUUGAAUACAUCGCCUGGUUGGUCGGGCACGAGGACGCUGGCAGCAUCCUGGCAUACCUCCGCGAAAGGGGCUGGGCUCUGAAUCUCUUCGCUGGUAACACGGGGUCAAGCUUUGAGCAGACUUCACUGUACUCGCUCUUCAACAUUUACGUCUCCUUGACCGAUGAGGGCCUGAAGAACGUCAAGAGGGUCCUCACUGUCAUAUUCGGGUAUUUGGCCAUGGUAUGUAAAUUAGGCCCCGAUCCUACGAUCUUCGAAGAAAUCAAGAAGAUCGGAGACCUCAACUACGGUAGGCGCUCGGGGGUCGAUCCGCAAGACUAUGUUACGAAGUUAUGUCAGAACAUGCAGGUGUAUCCGCCGCACCAUUAUUUCACGGGUGACUGUCUCUUGUACGAAUACAAUACGGAUAUCAUUCAGCGGUGCAUGGAUCUCAUGACUCCAGAGAGAGCCAACGUUAUUUUACUGACUUCGCGUUACCGUAAGCGGGCAUCUGUGAUUCAGGUGGAGCCGUACUUGCAGUCCAAGUACACGAUGGAUGAAGUACCAGACGAGUGGAAGAAAGAAUGGUCUAAUAUUCCGCGCGAUCCUUACUUUCGCAUUCCUGGCACGAACAAGUACAUCGCUACUGACUUUAGCAUCAAGAGUGAGACAGAGCACCUGUCUGAUCUUCCGAUAAAGCUACAUGACGAUGAACGUUAUCGGCUCUGGUACAAGUUUGGCGGGAACUUUGAAGAUCCAAAAGCGUGCCUCUACUUUCAUUUCAUCUCGCCGCUGCCGCAGGCAUCGCCCGAAAAUGGAAUUAUGUUGGCUCUGUUCGUGGACAUCCUCCAGCACAAUAUGAGGCAAGAAACCGCAGCUGCUCGACGCGCUUCUUUGGAAUCUCUAGUGUACGUAAGCUGGACAGGUCUUGUAAUUCAAGUUUCUGGAUUUGUGGAAAAACUCCCACUGUUGUUCGACGUCAUCCUGGACCACGUGUGCCGUUUCGAAACCAGGGAAGACCACUUCGAGAGCGUUAAAGACGACCUGUACCGAUAUUACUACAACGUCUUCGCGAAGCCAUCCCGACUGGCAGACGACGUCCGCAUAUCGAUUCUUCGCCAAAAUUAUUGGACCACUGUUGAAAAGAGAGCGCUGGUUAAAGGAAUAACUUUAUCAUCGUUGAACAGGUUCGUGGAAGAAUUUCGAAGUAAGAUGCACAUCGAGGGUUUCGCUCAGGGGAACCUGACCUCUGCAGAAGCUCUCAACGUGGCCGAGAGGAUGGUAAAGAAACUAGAAUGCAAGCCAUUGGCACCGGCGGACAUCCCGCAACCACGAGUCAUGCAGCUUCCCGUCGACAGCAAUUACUGUCGCGUUGCCACGUUCAACAUCAGGGAUUCGAGUUCUGUGGUCACCAACUACUACCAGAAAGGCUUAGGGGACGUCACUCAGCACGCCCUAGCAUCGCUCAUGAUCGAUUUCAUGGAGGGACCAUGCUUCGACGUUCUCCGCACCAAGGCUCAGGUUGGCUAUGACGUCAGUUGUCACAACAAGAACACGUUCGGCGUCGUAGGUUUCGCAAUCACCGUGACCUUCUCUGCCAAAAAAUUCGCGUGUACUUUCGUCGACGAAGAGAUCGAGGCGUUCCUCCGCAAAUUCUCGGCGAAGAUUCAGCAGAUGACUGACAAGCAAUUUCAGAGCAGAGUACAGUCACUGAUGAAACGAAAGAGUGUUUCAGACUUUACCCUGAAGGACGAGGCUGACCUGUACUGGGAAGAGAUAACGUCGGCAGGGUACGUCUUCGACAGGCUCACGCAAGAGGUUGAGUUUCUCAAGACCUUGAGCUCUGAUGAUUUCAAGGGAUGGUGCAUCAGCCUUUUGCCGUUCAACAGCCAGGGAGGUGGCGCACACCGACGCAAGUUGUCCAUACAGGUCGUGGGAUCGGGAGAGGCUGCUCUGGCAGAGUCCCGGUCACUCAGCUCGGGGCUGCUUGAUACGCAGUCUUCCAGUGGGACAGACAUGGAUGCCGUCACUGAUACGUCUGCAUUUUACCGAGGCCAGGAGCUUCACCCCUGGAUUCCACGGAAGGGCAAGCGCAGUACAAAGGCGGGCGUGUCCAGUUCCAGUAGCGAAGACAUGAUAUACUGUCUUCAAUACAUGGAACCAGCGGGUGCGAGCAAACAAGAGUUCAUAACAGACGUGGCCAAGUUUAAGCAGCAGCUGUCAGUCUGCGCUCCCGUCAACCCAAUGUCAGGGAUCCCUGCGAACAUGUAACCUGGACAGAAUUUUUUUUAUUCAAUUUGAUACGCAAAUUAGAAAUAUAAUCUGGUCUGUGUGUUUGCAUGCGGAUAACAUGCCCUAUGUGCGAGUAGCACGUUGACUACCGUAUGGCAGUGCAUAUUACACAGCAGUAUGUCUUACAUUAAACAAUUUAACCAUCAUG